AUGGAAUUCAUAAGAAAAUUAGCGUCAUACAUAAAAAAUUUCAAUAUUUUCCCAUCAAUUCCGCCAUCCAACGAUGAGCAGAAACUUCGAAAUCAACGAAUUUCCACCAAAUUAUUUAUCCUUGUCUUUAUCGUAUCAUUAUUCAUCCUUAUUCUAUACAAUUCAAUUAUUACAGUAACAAAAACAGAGAUUAAAGAAACACCAACCUACAAACAAUACAAAGAACUCGACUCUAAAUAUUCGACAACACUUAAUUGUCCGUGUAAAAAGAUCUUAAUUGAUUAUAAGGAAAUUCUUUAUGUUAAUUUCACAUUACACCAAGUAUGUUCAAGUUCCUUUGUUACUCCACAAUGGAUCGAACAUUUCUUUUAUCGUCCAAUAUACACUGCUCAAAACUCUGACGAUUUUCGUAACAUAGGUAAACAUUUAUUCGAAGCGUUGACAGCGUUUUGUGAUUUGACAAAUCGAACAAUAUUGAAUAGUUUGCAAGAGUUUUAUUCAAAUCAAUACGUUAGUGCAACUAUGACAUCUUUGCAAUUAUUUCUCUCACAAAUUCGAACAUUUAUUAAUCAGUUCAAAUCAAUGACAACAAACACCUUUCUCCUUUCACUCGACCAGAUUUUAAGUUUAGUUCAAAGCAACGCUUUAAUAUCUGCAAAACAUACGAACUAUCUCCUGGUGUAUAAUAGUAUUCAACAGAUUGUUGCGAAUACGGUUUCGUAUUUAAACUGUACAUGUGACGUCUCAUCAACUUGUACUACACUAACUUCAAUUUCCAAGCAUCCAAACCCUCAUCCUAUAUUUAUAGUACCUGGAAUACGUCGAGGGUGUUACUUAGUCGAAGCACUUCUUCAAUCCACUCUCGAGUGUUUCUAUAAUCAAACGUGUUUAAAUAUAAUUCAGUAUCAUCUUAAUUAUUCUUCCUCAUCGAUAAAUAUAACAAUUCUUGAUUCGUCAUUACCAUCGAAAUAUUCUGUUAAUUCAACGAUGAAACAAAUGAUUGAUAAUUUAAUGAUCGAACAAUGGAUUUAUAAUGAUAGACAUGAAAACUAUUACAGUCAAUGUGCACCAAUCGAAUGUAUUUAUAGUUAUGAAGCAAAGAAUAAUUUAUUAUAUAUUGUGACAACAUUAUUUGGAUUGAUUGGUGGUUUAGUAACUGCUUUAAAAAUUAUUAUACCAACAAUUGUCAAUUUCGUAAUGAGUAGAAUCAGACGAAGAGGAAGACAAGAACGGACACCAAAAAGUAGGAUCGACAUGAAUCAACGAACUCACCCUUUAAUUCUAUUUAAAAAGUAUGUUAACACUUUGAAUCUUUUUCCAUCCAUUCCACCAUCCAACGAUGAGCAGAAACUUCGAAAUCAACGAAUUUCCACCAAAUUAUUUAUCCUUGUCUUUAUCGUAUCAUUAUUCAUCCUUAUUCUAUACAAUUCAAUUAUUACAAUAACAAAAACAGAGAUUAAGGAAACACCAACCUACAAACAAUACAAAGAGCUCGACUCUAAAUAUUCGACAACACUUAAUUGUCCAUGUAAAAAGAUCUUAAUUGAUUAUAAUGAAAUCCUUUAUGUUAAUUUCACAUUACAUCAAGUAUGUUCAAGUUUCUUUGUCACACAAGAAUGGAUUAACUAUCUUUCUCUUUCUCGUGGAAGCGAAAACAUGGUUAACCAGGACUUUCGAAUGUUAGGCCCAUUAGCAUUUCAAGCACUAAAGUCGCUUUGUGAAUUAGCUAGUCGAACAAUCUUCAAUGGUUUGAUACACUUUUAUUCAAAUCAAUAUUUCAGUGCAGGUGUGACAUCUCGCGAAUUAUUUCAAACACAUAUUGAAACAUUUAUUGAGGAAUUUAAGUCGACAACUACAAAGAAUUUUCUUCUUUCAUUCGAUAUCGCAUUGAGUAUGAUUCAUACAAAUGCUCUACUAUCUGCACGAUUGACGAACUACAGACUCGUAGGAAAAACGUCACCUGGAUCUGGAGUUGAUUCAAUUUCAAAAUCAUACUUGCGAUGUCAUUGUCACCUAUCAGCAACAUGUAUCGAACGCAGUACAAUUUACAACAUGCCUAAUCCAGCACCGAUGCUUUUUGUACCUGGAUUUUAUCGAGGAUGUGGUGUAGUCGAAGCACUUCUUCAAUCUACACUUGAGUGUUUCUACAAUCAAACUUGUCUGAAUAGACUUCACUACUUUUUUAACAAUCGUAUCAAGAAGAAUAUCACAGCUCUGGAUGCAACAUUGCCAUCUAACUAUUCUAUUAAUUCAACAAUAAAACACAUAAUUAAUACAUUAAUGAUUGAAAAAUGGAAUCAGUUUAGUAAAUACGAUAAUUAUUACAGUCAAUGUGCGCCAAUUCUAUGUACUUAUACUUAUGAAGCAAAGAAUAAUUUAUUGUAUAUUGUGACAACAUUAUUUGGAUUGAUUGGUGGUUUAGUAACUGCUUUAAAAAUUAUUAUACCAACAAUUGUCAAUUUCGUAACGAGUAGAAUCAGACGAAGGGGAAGACAAGAACGGACACCAGAGUCAGAAACAAAUAAUGACGAGCAAAGUCUAUCAAUAUUGCAAAAGGCGAUCAAUUCUAUAAAAACAAUUAAUCUUUUUCCAUCAAUUCCACCAUCCAACGACGAACAGGAACUUCGAAAUCAACGAAUUUCUACAAAAUUAUUUAUCCUUGUCUUUAUCGUAUCAUUAUUCAUCCUUAUUCUAUACAAUUCAAUUAUUACAAUAACAAAAACAGAGAUUAAGGAAACACCAACAUAUAAACAAUAUAAGGAAUUAGACUCUAAAUAUUCGACAACACUUAAUUGUCCAUGUAAAAGGAUCUUAAUUGAUUAUAAGGAAAUUCUUUAUGUUAAUUUCACAUUACAUCAAGUAUGUUCAAGUUUCUUCGUUACUCAAGAUUGGUUCAAAUAUAUUGGUGUUCACGAUGGUUCUGGUCAUGUAGCUCAUCAAGACUUUCGAUUAUUUGGUACAUUGAUAUUUCAGGGACUGAAAGCAUCUUGUGAGUUAUCCAAUCAAGCAAUAUCAAGCAGCUUGUUACAGUUUUAUUCGAAUCAAUAUGUCAGUGCAAGUAUGACAUCUUUGAAAUUGUUUUCAUUACAGAUUAAAACAUUUAUCGAUCAAGUUAAAUCAAUAACAACAAACCAUUUCCUUAUUUCAUUUGAUCUAAUAAGGCGUAUAAUUCAGAGCAAUGAUAUAUUUUCUGGGCGAUUAACAAACUAUGAAUUUAGAAAACAAUUAUUUAAUGGAGCAUUAACGGCUCUUCCUGACUCUUACAAUAGUUGUCGUUGUCAUACUACACCAACAUGUACUGCAGAAGGUUUUAUUUAUCAGUAUAAUAGUUCAAAACAGUUAUUUACUGUCCCGGGAAUACAUCGUGGUUGUUAUAUUGUCGAAGCACUUCUUCAAUCUAAUCUUAAGUGUUUCUAUAGUCAAACGUGUUUGGAUGACAUUCAGUUUUACCUUAAUCACUCCUCUCGAAUAAAUAUCACUACUCUUGAUUCAUCAUUACCAACGAACUAUGCUAUUAAUUCAACGAUAAAACAAAUGAUUAAUAAUUUAAUGAUCGAACGAUGGAUUUAUAAUGAUAGACAUGAAAAUUAUUAUAAUCAAUGUGCACCAAUCGAAUGUAUUUAUAGUUAUGAAACAAGGAAUAAUUUAGUUUAUAUAUUAACAGCAUUAUUUGGACUAGUUGGCGGAUUAAUAACUGUUUUAAAGAUUGUUAUACCAAGAUUGGUAGCAUUCAUCAGAUGGAUUACGUUAAAAUGCAAAAGAAGAAAAAUUAAUCCAAUGUCCUAA